UACUAAUCGAGCCGCCGAUAACUCCAGCCGUCUCUUUGCUCCGGCACAGAUCAACUAAUAUCUGCGAACCGCCCCAUAUAUAUACCCAACAAACUCAAAAAUUCAAUCACUUUCCUUUUCCUCUCUACUAAAAGUACAAAUCUUUAGCUUUAGCUUGACUGGAAAACCCUAGUCCAAUGGAGGAGGAGGAAGCAGCUAAUGGGAGCGGACCGUCGGCCGUGACGACGGAGACGAAGGUGGAUGAGACAGACGACGGUCCAAUUAUUGGACCGGGCCCAGCACCCCGUGCGCGACCCAAACGCCCUCUUCAAUUCGAGCAGGCAUAUCUCGAAUCCCUCCCCUCUGCAAACAUGUAUGAGAAAAGCUACAUGCAUCGAGAUGUGGUUACACAUGUUGCUGUAUCAUCUGCAGAUUUUUUUAUCACUGGGAGUGCUGAUGGACACAUAAAGUUUUGGAAGAAAAAACCUGCUGGUGUUGAGUUUGCAAAACAUUUUAGAUCCCAUCUUGGUCCAAUUGAAGGCCUUUCUGUAAGCACUGAUGGAAUGCUCUGUUGUACAAUUUCAAAUGAUCGAUCUGUAAAGAUAUAUGAUGUAGUCAACUAUGACAUGAUGGCAAUGAUACGUCUUUCAUUUGUACCUGGCUCUGUAGAAUGGGUUUACAAACAAGGGGAUGUCAAAGCAAAGUUGGCUAUUAGUGAUUGUAACUCCCCUUUUGUGCACAUAUAUGAUGCACGAUCUGGUUCAAAUGAUCCUAUCCAAUCUAGAGAGGUACACUUGGCCCCAGUUAAAGUCAUGAAAUACAAUCAUAUUUUUGAUACUGUGAUUUCUGCCGAUGAGAAAGGAAUCAUUGAGUACUGGAGUCCUACUACACUUCAGUUUCCCGAAGAAGUGGUGAACUUCAAAUUGAAAAGCGAUACCAAUCUUUUUGAAUUUGUGAAAUGCAAGACUAAUAUAUCUUCCAUUGAGGUUAGCCCAGAUGGUAAGCAAUUUUCCAUCACUUCACCUGAUCGCAGAAUCCGUGUAUUUUGGUUUAGAACGGGUAAAUUAAGGCGUGUUUAUGAUGAAUCUCUUGAGGUAGCACAAGAUCUCCAAAGAAGUGAUGUACCUUUGUACCGACUGGAAGCUAUUGAUUUUGGACGAAGAAUGGCUGUAGAGAGAGAAUUUGAGAAAACUGAAAAUGCACCACAACCUAAUGCUGUUUUUGAUGAAAGUUCGAACUUUAUUAUAUAUGCAACACUCCUUGGGAUUAAAAUAGUAAAUCUGCAUACCAACAAGGUUGCUCGAAUUCUUGGCAAGGUGGAGAGCAAUGAUAGAUUUUUAAGAAUUGCCUUGUAUCAAGGUGAUCGAAGUAGCAAAAAAUUGCGAAAACUUCCUGCUGCAGCAGCAAAUGCCAAUGAAAGCAAGGAGCCUCUGAUGGAUCCCACUCUCCUCUGCUGUGCUUUCAAGAAACACAGAAUCUAUUUGUUCAGUCGGAGAGAACCUGAAGAACCUGAUGAUACAAGUAAAGGACGAGAUGUGUUUAAUGAAAAGCCUCCUGCUGAGGAACUUCUGGCUGUAUCAGACAUUGGAAAGGCUGUCACAACAUCCCUUCCUGAUAAUGUGAUCCUGCACACCACAAUGGGUGACAUUCAUAUGAAGCUAUACCCUGAAGAGUGCCCCAAAACAGUGGAGAACUUUACAACACAUUGCAGGAAUGGAUAUUAUGACAAUUUGAUAUUUCACCGGGUCAUCAGAAACUUUAUGGUACAAACAGGAGAUCCACUAGGAGAUGGCACUGGUGGACAAUCAAUUUGGGGAAGGGAGUUUGAAGAUGAGUUUCACAAAAGCUUGCGACAUGACAGGCCCUUCACAGUCUCAAUGGCUAAUGCUGGGCCAAACACCAAUGGCUCUCAAUUUUUCAUUACCACAGUUGCCACUCCAUGGUUGGACAAUAAGCACACAGUUUUUGGCAGAGUUCUGAAAGGGAUGGACGUUGUUCAGGCCAUAGAGAAAGUGAAGGUGGACAAAAAUGACAAGCCAUAUCAAGAUGUUAAGAUAUUAAAUGUGACUGUUCCAAAGUCUUAACAGUAGUUCUAAACUGCAGCCAUUUCAUGACUACUGUCAGAUGGGUUCUUGUUGCAGCAACUUGUUUCUCCAUAUGCGAAUUGUUGUCCUUGGUGAAGUGGCUUCAGAGCAUAUAUACUAGUACUGAAUAAUUCAAUGUCAUGUUUGUGAUGAAGCUCAUUCAAAAACUCGCCUUUGAGAUGAUGCAUAUGUUGUGAUAGAAAUCUGAGCCGAGAACUCAUUAACAGUUUUGAGGAAUUUGGAUUCCUGGAGAUUACUCUUUUGACUUGUCUAAUAUGAACAUUUCAAGCCUCAUUGCCAUUAUGAGAUGUACAAUGUAACAGGAGUAAUUUAUGGAGCUGAUUAUCUCUCCAACCCUUUUGUUUCUAAUUGACUACCAGAAUUGAUUCUAUGUUACUGGUAAUUUGGCAUGUGGCUAUGUAUUUGGUGUCUAAAUAACAGAAUUUGAUAAAAAAUAUAUUUGCCAUUUCUUUGUUAUCUA